CUCCACUCUGCUCCAUCGCCAUGUGACUGCUCUCUGCAAAUUUUGUUUUGUUUUUUUUUUAUCUUUUGGAUAAAAACCAUUUUUUUAUUGUUUUUUUUUUUCGUAUGAACCCACCGGAUUCCGACCAAAACCCAUUAGAGCAUGAUAACCAGAUCACCGAUUUCGAUCCUAAAGUUUUAAAAUUUUCCAUUGUUUUUUUGUUUUUUUGCCUCAGUUUUUUAAUCAAAUCUCAGUGAGAAUACCACCCAACAAGGCAUUUUUUUAUUUAUUAUGGAUUUGUAGAAAACUCAACGACUCUUUCUCUGCAUUCUCCCUGUCUUCGUCCCUUCAUCUCUACUUCUUCAUCAUCAUCAUCAUCUCUCACCAGAACCAGAAAAAACCCAGAAAGAGAAAGCUCCAUUUCGCCUGAUUUUUUUUUUUCAAAACACGAAAAAUAGCCAUCUGUUUCUGAAAAAAGUGUUUGUUUUGUUGGUGGGUUAGAGUUUAAAUGUGGAGAGAAUGUCGCUGGAGAUAAAGAGAGCGUGCAAGAACAAAGGGAGGAUGGGGGUCAUAGUGAGAAUGCAGGUUAAUCACAGAGGAAGAACAUCGGAUAACAAGAAGAGCUUCGUCUUCGUCUUCUUCUUCUUCUUCAGAAAUUAUUACAAAUGGGUCCUCUGGUUUUUCCUCUCCUUGUAUUUGUUCACCUCGUGCUUUGUCGGAGGCCGCACGUCGUCGCCGUCUUCGUCGGGCUCUGUUCUAAGAACCCGUCUUUCGUCUAACCGUGUGUCAUCCUCGUCUCUCCAAUCUCGCGCCCUGAUUGAAUCUUCCGCCGUUAACGCCACCUCGAUGGUCAGACCAGGUGCAUUCAAGGGCAUGAAGAUAUACAUCUACGACUUGCCGGAAAAGUACAACUCCGACUGGGUCGCGUCCUCGGACCGCUGCGCUACCCACCUCUUCGCGGCGGAGGUCUCCGUCCACCGAGCACUCCUCUCCGCCGCCGCCGUCCGUACUACGGAGCCUGAAGACGCCGACUUCUUCUUCCUCCCCGUCUACGUUUCCUGUAACUUCUCAACCUCCAAUGGCUUCCCUUCUCUCGGCCAUGCUCGGUCCCUCCUCCGCUCCGCCGUCGACUACGUCGCGACCAAACACCCGUUUUGGAACCGAACACGUGGCUCCGACCACAUCUUCGUCGCCUCCCACGACUUCGGAGCUUGCUUCCACGCCAUGGAGAACAAGGCGAUUGAAGAUGGGAUUCCUGAGUUCAUGAAGAACUCCAUCAUUUUACAGACCUUUGGUGUAACUCACGAUCAUCCCUGUCAAGACGUAGAACACGUGGUGAUUCCUCCUUACAUUCCGCCGGAAAGCCUACGGAGAACUCUCGACAGAGCUCCGGCGAACGGCCGGCGAGAUAUCUGGGCGUUUUUCCGGGGGAAAAUGGAGGUCAACCCCAAGAACAUAAGUGGUCACUUCUACGGCAAGGGUGUGAGGACGGUCAUUCUGAAGAAGUUCGCCGGAGACCGCCGGUUCUACCUCCGGCGACGCCGUUUCGCCGGUUACCAGUCCGAGAUCGUACGCUCAGUGUUUUGCCUCUGCCCUCUUGGGUGGGCCCCGUGGAGCCCACGCCUCGUCGAGUCCGUUGUUUUGGGCUGCGUCCCCGUCCUCAUCGCCGACGGAAUCCGUCUGCCGUUCCCGGAGAUUGUGCGGUGGCCGGAGAUUUCCCUCACGGUAGCGGAGAAGGACGUGGGGGAUCUGCGGAAGGUGCUGGGACGCGUGGCGGCUUCUAAUUUGUCCGUCGUGCAGAGUAACCUAAACGAUCCGGCAGUGAAGGGGGCCCUACUUUACAAUGUCCCCAUGCGGGAAGGUGAUGCCACGUGGCAUAUUCUCGAGGCGUUGUCGAGUAAGCUCGAUCGGUCGUACCGGAGGUCAAUGGUUUCGAACCAAUGAGAAGAAGACACGUGUUGUACUAUGUUGCGUGGAUGCCAGGCUGGAAUUAUUGGACCUUUUCGGCAUAUGGUGGAAUGUUUCGCUGGAUGGGGUCCACCGGAAUGUGAGGAUACUUUUGGACACGUGAGCUGUCAUCUGAAUUGGCGUUCAUUCAUUGGAUCCACGUGUAAUGUUCCCUGGGCAAUUGUAAAGUAAGCUGACGUGUAAUUUUUUGAAAUCUAGGAAAAAAUAAUUCUUUUGUUAUUAGCAUUUAAUACAAAUGUCUCCAUCCUUUAUUAAGCUUAAUAAGAUCAGAUAUAAUACAACUUUA